AUGGCCGACCUCCCGCCGUACACCGAAACCUCGCUCGAUGUCAUUGAUGAGACGUAUGACCGCCUGCAGGCGACGUUUGCGUCGCACCGCACCCAGGAGGCCGCGUACCGUCUGUACAACCUGAAGCAGCUCGCAUUCCUCAUCAACGACAACGAGGAGAGGAUUAUUGCUGCUGCCCAGGCUGACCUGGGAAAGAGCUCCUUUGAGGCCCGUCUCGCGGAGGUGAUCCCCACCCUCAACGAGAUUGACCUCGCCGUCAAGCGUCUGCCGGAGUGGAUGAAGGACGACAAGCGUACCCGCGACUCCACCUAUGCGUUCAAGCUUGCCCGUCCCCGUGUCAAGAAGCAGCCCAAGGGCGUUGCACUCAUUAUCGGCGCUUGGAACUACCCGUUCCAGCUCACCCUGUCGCCUCUCGUCGGUGCCAUCGCAGCCGGCUGCCCUGCCGUCAUCAAGAUGUCUGAGCAUGCACCCGUGUCUGCUGCCCUCAUCGCUGAACUGAUUCCCCGCUACCUUGACCCCGAGGGCUAUGCCGUUGUCAACGGCGCCGUGGCUGCGUCGACCGCCCUCCUCGAGAAGCGUUGGGGCCACAUCUGCUACACUGGUGGUGGCCCUGUCGGCAAGAUCGUCGCCGGCGCUGCGGCCAAGACGCUUACCCCGACGACUCUGGAGCUCGGCGGCAAGUCGCCUACCAUUGUGGCUCCCGACGCCGAUCUCAAGAUCACCGCCCGUCGCAUGCUGAGCAUCAAGCAGAUGAACGUCGGUCAGAUGUGCGUGUCCCCCGACUACGUGCUCGUCACCAAGGAGAACGUGGACGCCUUCACUGAGGAGUUGAUCAAGACCCUUGAGCACUUCCACCCUCCCAACUCUGAGCGCUCGUUCCUCAACGAGAGCGCUUCCACCUUUGUUCGUAACACAAACGACUACCAGCGCCUCGAGAACGUCCUCGACGACGCCGAGAAGGGCGGCAAGGUGGUCUACCGUGGCGAGGCCGACAAGGAUCGCAACCGUAUGGGUCUGUCCCUGGUCCGCCUCCCCCGUGACGCAAAGGACGAGGAGUCGUGGCUUGUCCGCGAUGAGAUCUUUGGCCCCAUCCUUGUCAUCAUCCCCGUGGAGGACAUUGACGCUGCCAUCAAGUACAUCAACGCCGGACCGACUCCUCUGGCGCUGUACGUUUCGUCGGCCAGCCGCGCGACGUUUGAAAAGGUCGUCAGCCAGACCCUCUCGGGCUCGGCCAUCUGGAACGACUUUGCGAUGACCCCCAUCUGCCGUACCGUCCCCUUCGGUGGCGUUGGCGAGUCGGGCUGGGGCAACUACCACGGCUACGACGGUUUCCUCGCAUUCUCGCACCAGAGGAGUCUCCUCGAGGUCCCUUACUGGAUGGAGUUUGCCCAGAAGAACCGUUACGCGCCCAACAUGAACCCCCGCAACGAGCGCAUGCUCAAGCGCGUCAUGGGCACCGGUAUCAACUUCUCCCGCCCGGUCAGUGUCGAGUCGGAGCGCCUCGCCCUCCAGCGCAGCCGUAACCGCCGCCACCUCUACCUGGGCAUCAUCAUCGUCACCCUCGGCGCCUGGCUCGGAUUCGGCGCCCGCUCGAUCGGUAAAGUCCUCGGCACGCUCAAGGCCAAACUCAGGCUUUAG